UGUGUUCUGACCCGUCAUUCUGCUCCAGUUUCCCUCCCGGAUCGGUUCGGUUCGGCGCAUGGAGCAGCAGUCCGACCUGCCGGACUCUAGUUUCUAACCGGACCGUCUUCAUGGAGUUCCUGCCCGGAGGAGCGGCGCUGCUGCAGCUGCUGCAGCUGCUGCUGCUGCUGCUCAGCAUCGGCCGCUGCUGCAGCACAGACCCGGACAGAAAGGUGUGCCAGGGGACGAGCAACCAGAUGACCAUGCUGGACAAUCACUACCUCAAAAUGAAGAAGAUGUACUCUGGCUGCAAUGUGGUUCUGGAGAACCUGGAGAUCACCUACACCCAGGAGAACCAGGACCUGUCCUUCCUCCAGUCCAUCCAGGAAGUUGGGGGUUACGUCCUGAUCGCCAUGAACGAGGUGUCCACCAUCCCUCUGGUCAAUCUGCGUCUGAUCCGAGGACAGAAUCUCUACGAGGGCAACUUCACCCUGCUAGUCAUGUCCAACUACCAAAAGAACCCGUCAUCACCAGAUGUUUACCAGGUUGGCCUAAAGCAGCUGCAGCUCAGCAACCUGACCGAGAUUCUGUCAGGAGGAGUGAAGGUCAGCCACAACCCUCUGCUGUGCAACGUGGAAACCAUCAACUGGUGGGAUAUCGUGGAUAAAACCAGUAAUCCCACCAUGAACCUCAUACCACACGCGUUUGAACGCCAAUGUCAGAAGUGUGACCCCGGCUGUGUUAACGGGUCGUGUUGGGCACCCGGACCAGGUCACUGCCAGAAAUUCACCAAGCUGCUGUGUGCCGAGCAGUGCAACAGGAGGUGCCGCGGUCCCAAACCCAUCGACUGCUGCAACGAACACUGUGCUGGCGGCUGCACCGGACCCAGAGCCACAGACUGUCUGGCCUGCAGGGACUUCAACGAUGAUGGAACCUGUAAGGACACCUGUCCUCCGCCGAAAAUCUAUGACAUCGUCAGCCACCAGGUGGUGGACAACCCCAACAUCAAGUACACUUUCGGAGCCGCUUGUGUCAAGGAAUGCCCUAGUAACUACGUGGUGACAGAAGGCGCAUGUGUUCGCUCUUGCAGUGCAGGAAUGCUUGAGGUAGAUGAGAAUGGCAAACGAAGCUGCAAGCCAUGCGACGGAGUCUGUCCCAAAGUGUGUGAUGGAAUUGGAAUCGGGUCUCUGAGCAACACUAUUGCUGUCAACUCAACCAACAUCGGGUCCUUCAGCAACUGCACCAAGAUCAACGGCGACAUCAUCCUCAACAGGAACUCCUUUGAAGGGGAUCCACAUUACAAAAUCGGGCCGAUGGAUCCUGAGCAUCUGUGGAACCUGACGACAGUGAAGGAAAUCACUGGUUAUCUGGUGAUCAUGUGGUGGCCUGAAAACAUGACGUCUCUGUCGGUGUUCCAGAACCUGGAAAUUAUCAGAGGAAGAACUACGUUUUCCAGAGGGUUCAGCUUUGUGGUGGUUCAGGUGAGUCACCUGCAGUGGCUCGGUCUGCGCUCCCUGAAGGAGGUGAGUGCUGGGAAUGUGAUCCUGAAGAACACGCCGCAGCUGCGCUACGCCAGCACCAUCAACUGGAGGCGCUUGUUCCGGUCUGAGGACCAGAGCAUAGAGUAUGACGCCAGGACUGAGAAUCAAACCUGUAACAACGAGUGCUCAGAGGAUGGCUGCUGGGGCCCGGGGCCCACAAUGUGUGUCUCCUGUCUGCAUGUGGACAGAGGGGGGCGCUGUGUGGCAUCCUGCAACCUGCUGCAGGGUGAACCCAGAGAGGCCCAGGUGAACGGCAGGUGUGUUCAGUGUCACCAGGAGUGUUUGGUGCAGACUGACAGCCUGACCUGCUACGGUCCGGGGCCAGCCAACUGCUCCAAGUGUGCACACUUUCAAGAUGGCCCCCAAUGCAUCCCUCGCUGCCCCCACGGCAUGCUGGGAGACGGAGAGACUCUGAUCUGGAAAUAUGCGGAUAAGAUGGGCCAAUGCCAGCCGUGUCAUCAGAACUGCACCCAAGGGUGUUCUGGUCCUGGACUGUCUGGCUGCAGAGGCGAUAUCGUUUCCCACUCCUCUCUGGCAGUGGGGUUAGUCAGUGGACUCCUGAUCACUGUAAUUGUGGCGCUGCUCAUCGUGGUUCUACUGCGGCGCCGGCGAAUAAAACGGAAGAGGACAAUACGCCGCCUGCUCCAAGAGAAGGAGCUGGUGGAGCCGUUGACUCCGAGCGGUCAGGCUCCCAAUCAGGCCUUCCUGAGAAUCCUGAAGGAGACGGAAUUCAAGAAGGACCGAGUUCUGGGCUCCGGGGCAUUUGGGACGGUCUACAAGGGUUUAUGGAACCCCGACGGAGAAAACAUCCGGAUCCCAGUCGCUAUCAAAGUUCUGAGAGAGGCUACGUCACCGAAAGUCAACCAGGAAGUUCUGGACGAGGCGUACGUGAUGGCGAGCGUGGACCAUCCUCACGUCUGCCGCCUGCUGGGCAUCUGCCUGACGUCGGCCGUGCAGCUGGUGACGCAGCUGAUGCCGUACGGCUGCCUGCUGGACUACGUCCGGCAGCACCAGGAGCGGAUCUGCGGCCAGUGGCUGCUGAACUGGUGUGUUCAGAUUGCCAAGGGAAUGAACUACCUGGAAGAGCGCCACCUGGUGCACCGCGACCUGGCAGCCCGGAACGUCCUGCUGAAAAACCCGAACCACGUCAAGAUCACAGACUUCGGUCUGUCCAAGCUGCUGACGGCUGACGAGAAGGAAUACCAAGCCGACGGAGGAAAGGUUCCCAUUAAGUGGAUGGCUUUGGAGUCGAUCCUCCAGUGGACCUACACCCAUCAGAGCGACGUGUGGAGCUACGGUGUGACGGUUUGGGAGUUGAUGACGUUCGGAUCCAAACCGUACGACGGCAUCCCGGCCAAGGAGAUCGCCUCGGUGCUGGAGAACGGGGAGCGGCUGCCGCAGCCUCCCAUCUGCACCAUCGAAGUCUACAUGAUCAUCCUGAAGUGCUGGAUGAUCGACCCGUCCAGCAGACCCAGGUUCAGAGAGCUGGUGGGCGAGUUCUCCCAGAUGGCCCGGGACCCGUCCAGGUACCUGGUCAUACAGGGCAACCUGCCAAGUCCGUCUGAUCGGAGGCUUUUCUCCCGCCUGCUGAGCUCUGAUGACGACGUGGUCGACGCCGAUGAAUACCUGCUGCCGUACAAACGGAUAAACCGCCAGGGCAGCGAGCCCUGCAUCCCGCCGAAUGGGCAUCCAGUGAGAGAGAACAGCAUCGCUCUCCGGUACAUCUCUGAUCCGACCCAGAACGCGCUGGAGAAAGACCUGGAUGGUCACGAGUACGUUAACCAGCCUGGGAGUGAAACCAGCAGCAGGCUGUCGGAUAUCUACAAUCCCAACUACGAGGACCUGACGGACGGCUGGGGCCCGGUGUCGCUGUCCUCCCAGGAGGCGGAGACCAACUUCUCCAGACCGGAGUACCUGAACACCAACCAAAACUCGCUCCCCCUGGUGUCCAGUGGCAGCAUGGACGACCCCGACUACCAGGCUGGCUACCAGGCUGCCUUCCUACCGCAGACUGGAGCGCUCACUGGGAACGGCAUGUUCCUCCCUGCAGCAGAGAACCUGGAGUACCUGGGACUGGGAGGCGCACUGUACACUCCUGUCCGCUAGGGGGCAGCAGCGCUCCGACUGAAACUGUGGCUUUGCUCAGAUAAACAGUGGACUGUUUUAAAUUGGACGGAUAACUGGAUUUAACUCAGAUGGUUCACUGUCGGUUCUCCAGAGGACCUGAAACAGAACAAGAACUUCCUGUUCCUUCAGGCAAAGGUCCAAUCUUUGGCUCUAAGCUGACGGGAUGAACGCAUCUGGAAAAUGGAGCCAAACAUUACCCAGAUAAACUGUAAAAACAUAAGCUAAUUCAGGUUACAUUAAAAAAGACUCGCUCAACUCUCCUGCUCUCACAUGUGGGUUUGGAUGCUGCAGGACGAUGCAGAUGUUUUAAUCCUGGGCGCUUCUGUUUCCAACAUUUACAUUCAUGAACUGAAAAUAUUUAAGUUUUCUGAAGAUAUGCUUUGACUGUCAGUCAACAUGAUGUUUGCAACCUUAAAUCUUUCAGAAAAAGAGAAAACAGCUCUACUCCAGAUAUUUAUAACUGCCAUUUUGUAAAAAAAAGAAUCUGCAUUCACACAAUCUGUUGGUUUUCUAUCAGAACAAUUUUAUACAAGCCUUGCAAGAGCAGGUGGAAAUAAAAUUAAGCUUACUAAAAUUGAAAUUUUGUAGAAGACAACGUUGGGUGAACGAAAUAACACAAAUGGUUCCGUUUUAUAGGUUGUAGAAGGACAGAGGAGGACAUGUCCACCAUGUUUUUUAAUCCUCUUUGGACAUCAUGUUCCCACAGAUACAUCAGUGUUUUCAAAAAUCUCACCAAAAUCUGUGUGCAUGUCGACACGAGGUGGAGACGAAGUGGAAAAAUUUUAAUUUUUACUAAACAUCAGAGUUGGUGGGGAGAUUUGAAGAGUUUACUAAUUUUUAAAAGAUUAUUCAGUAAUCUGGAAUAAUCUUAACUCGUUUUAAAUAUAGGAAGGAAAAUGUGAACAAAUCUUCUGACUACUUGUCAACAUGGAGACAGACUGUAGGGGGCAGUGCUCACCGUGUUGUGUUCAUUCUGUGUUUUAGAAGAAUCGUCUCCAAGCUAGCUUCUGUUAGCAAAACAGGCUAAUUAUUUCCCGCUGACGGGUUUACAGUGAGUUAGAGAAUGUGUUUGACGGAUUUGAUUUGAAAUUUGUUACUGUGACUUAGUGAGGUGGCAGCCAUGUUGGAUUUUGACAUUCUAAGUCAAAACUUCGACUUAAAAGAAGAACUGUUCAAGUUAGUUCAUUUAAAAAUGAAUAAGGUAAAUGGAAAGCAGGCAGAACAGCUCCCCCUGCUGGUACUGCCAGGGUUCUACAAAAAACACCACUUCCAUAAAGAAUAGGUCAGCUUCUUGUUAAUAAUGACUUGUUUCUUAUACUAUUAUUGUGAAUACAUGUACUAUGUUGUUUCUGUAAAUGUAACUUUAAAUGCGUUCAAAGUGAGAAUGUGUGAAUUUUAAGUUCAGCUCUGGAUGGGAACCAGUGCAGAACCUGUCUGCUGGUUCUCACUGAGGAGCACGGUUCAGCUAAACUUCACGGAACCAUUUCAGUCCAAACUGUAGCACAAGGAGAACCUCCUGUUGUUGUCUGACUUGAAAUAUUCACUCUUGAUUGUUUGUGUUGUUGAAUUUUUGCUUUACUUGACAGAAAUGAGCCAAACCCUGACGUCCUGCUGCUGAAUAUUACUGCUAGUCUCUGUUUGUCUUUAAUGUUUAUUGAUUAAAAAAAACAAAGUU